AAGACUUGAACACAAAGAGUGAAGCCAUUGCAAUGGCCUCCUUGAGUCCAAAUGAUCCGUCAUCGUUUUCGAGACCAGAAAUAGCAGUUAUCAGACAUGUCUCAUUAGUGCUGAAUGUGAAUUUUGAAGAAAAAACACUAGAGGGAACGGCUACGUAUGAUAUUGAUGUGCUGCAGAAUAAAGGGAAAGUUGUAUUCGAUGUAACUGAUCAAACUAUAGAAUCAGUACAAUUGGAUGAUGAUGUUGGUACCCAUUUGCAUUACGUUGUGGACCGUGAAGUAAUCAACUUUGGCAAAAAACUGAGUAUAUUCAUUCCUCCUUUGAAAGAUGAUCAGAGCGAGCGUGUGAGGAUAAAGAUACAAUAUCAGACUUCUCCGUCGGCGUCAGCGUUGCAGUGGCUCGAACCAAACCAAACGAGAGGCAAGAAAUACCAAUAUCUCUUCAGCCAAUGUCAGCCUAUUCACGCUCGUUCCAUUCUACCUUGUCAAGAUACGCCCGCCGUAAAAUUCACUUAUGACGCUGAGGUAACCGCGCCGCCCAAUUUCACGGUGCUCAUGAGCGCACUUAGGGAACCGAGCUCCAAUAACACGUUCAAAUUCAGGCAGCCCGUGCCUAUUCCUUCCUAUUUACUUGCUAUUGCUGUUGGGGUCCUCGAGAGUAAAUCACUUGGUCCCAGGUCAACAGUAUGGGCAGAGCCCGAAGAUUUAGAACGCAGCGCCUAUGAAUUUGAGGAUACAGAAAAAUACUUACAGGCAGCUGAGAGAUUAUGCGGGCCGUACGUUUGGGGGCAAUAUGAUCUCCUGGUGUUGCCACCUUCCUUCCCAUACGGUGGUAUGGAGAAUCCCUGCUUGACUUUUGUUACGCCUACUUUAUUGGCUGGAGACAAGAGUCAAGCCGACGUCAUAGUCCACGAAAUAAUGCACAGCUGGACAGGCAACCUCGUCACGAACAAAAAUUUCGAGCAUUUUUGGCUCAACGAGGGUUGGACAGUAUUCCUCGAGAGGAAGGUCGGCCCUUCCUUAGUCAAGGACCCGGUUGAGGCCAAGAAGAUUAGAGACUUUCAGAGCAUUUUAGGGCUGCAGGAGUUGAAUGAAACUAUAAUUCACACGUUAGGCGAAACCAACGCUUUAACUUGUUUGGUACCUAACCUUAAGGAGGGUGUUCACCCAGAUGAUGCUUUUUCUACAGUCCCUUACGAGAAGGGAUCUCUCUUUCUGCGAUACCUGGAAGAUAAGAUAGGAGGACCUGGUAAGUCUAAGAGAAAACUUACGGUUUCUGUAAAAAAUGUUUUCGGAUUUAAUCAUCCACUCACACAAUUAAUUCCUAAUUUACACCGAGGAACAAAUCCUAACGUUGCUGUGGCUACUGGCAUCACUCUUGAAAAAGGGUCAUUGUUUUUAAGGGUACUAGAAGACAAGUUCGGAGGGCCUGAAAAAUUCGACGAUUUUAUUCGCGCGUAUCUGCAAAAGUACAAAAUGAAAUCACUGGACACGGAUGAGUUCAGGGAGUUCUUCUCCAGCUACUUCGCAAAUGAGGAAGCUGUGGAAGAUAUCGACUGGGGCGUUUGGCUUUAUGGACCCGGCAUGCCACCGAUUAUUCCUCAAUAUGACACAUCUAUGACAAAAGAAGUGAAAGAGUUGCUGGACCGCUUUUAUACUCCUGACUUCGUUCCUGCUGCAGCGGAUGUACAAAACUUCAGCGUGCACCAAAAAAUCCACUUAUUGCAGAACCUAAUCGACGGCGCUGCAUUGCCCAUUGAUAAACUUCGAAAAAUAGGCGAUGAAUACAAUUUGAAAUCUAGUGGAAACACGGAAUUACAAUUUAGGUUUAUUCGUCUCACUGUUAAAAGUAAAGAUAUGGACAGCUUAAAAGACACUUUCGAGUUUCUCAACGGUCAAGGUCGUAUGAAAUAUGUCCGGCCAAUUUAUAGAGAUCUUUACGCCUGGGAAGAAGUAAGGAAACAGACAAUACAAAAUUUCCUGGAUAACGAGAAAUAUAUGAUGUAUGUAUCUGCGUACACAAUCAGAAAAGACUUGCAACUUACAUUUUAUUGAGGGAUAUGUACACGUGAUAUCGUACUUUGUACGUUAUUUAUACAUUUAUUUUUUGUUAUUAUUUUUCUGUAGUCAUAUCUUGGUAUUGUUUAACAUCCAAUUUAUAUUUUA